UCCUGUUCACGAUCUUUUAAUAUUCAUCCCGGCAUCACAAGAACAAACCUGACAAACUUAUUUUCGUAACAGAAACAUUCCAAGAAAUCUCUCCAUAUAGGGGCCUACACGUUAACACCCAAAAUAGGUAUGAUUUCAGAAAACGAGUCUAAAGCCAACAGUGUUAAUAAGUGUGUGAUUCGUGACACAUCACACGAUGCACGUUUCUAAACCGACGAUUGUAACUGGACGUCUUAGAGGAAAUAAUGAAAGCAAUCUGAAUGAGACACGCUCUGAGAAGAAGAGUGUGUGUUUGGUAUACCGUGAUUAAUAGAGGGUCUACAUCCUGGGUGAUAACGCGGAUGCGGCCAGUUGUAUAAAGUUCGCUAUUCAUUAAUCGUCUCUUCAUUGUCGAGUUUUAAAGACAUCACUUCGCAAUGAUCUUCCAAGCAGGAUUGAUUGUCAGCGCCAUGCUGUUCAGCUUACAGACUUCUGUUAACAGCAGGGCAAUUGAUGAGAUCAUAAUGGCGGCUGCACAUGAUGUUGCCAUGUUCGACCUGGUUCACAUAAUGGCCGAUGGCGAUGUCAUGAUCAUGGUGGAAUUAGACAUGCUGAUGAGCAUGGCAGAAUUCGCUCAAUACUCAGAGCGAUCGAACCGUGGAAAACGAAAAGCAGUGGCGAAUGACCGACUGUUGUGGAAGGAUCGUAUUGUACCAUACGAAUUCGCAAGAUCUGAUUUUACUGCCAGAAACAAACGUACAAUUAGAAGCGCUAUAAACGAAUGGCAAAACUAUACCUGCUUGACUUUCCGAGAAGCGACUAAUGAGAGAGCUAAAAUCAGAUUUAGGAACGGCGACGGAUGCUACUCCAGGUUAGGACGAUCAGGUGGUACCCAGCCCAUAGCCUUAGCUUCAGGCUGCAGAACCAAAGGCAUCGUAGUUCACGAAAUCGGUCACGCCAUUGGUUGGAUACACGAGCAGGCUAGGCCAGACCGGGACGAUUUUAUAAUGGUCAACUUUAACCAGAUCCCGCCCAACUGGAGGUCCCAAUUCGCCAAAGCGCCAGCCGCGCUGAUAAAUGAUCGAGGCGUAGAGUACGAUUAUGACAGUGUUAUGCACUAUUCCGGCAACGUGUUUGGAUCAAGAACCAUCGUGACCAAGGACCCGAAAUUCCAGAACAGAAUCGGCCAAAGACAGGGUCUGAGUUUCCGUGACAUCAAGUUAGCGAACCUGAUGUAUCAGUGUGCAGAAAGCAAGGGGUGCAUGCCGAGGCAGUGUCCUGGAGAGGGUUUUCAGGGGAAGGACUGUAAUUGUUACUGCCCCGGCACCCUAGUCGUCUUGUGUAAGGAACAGACAGUCAGCACCACACCAAGUACAACUGCGGCAUCCACUACACCUACAACUACAACCACAACAACGUUGCCAGCAGAGGGGUGCAUGCCGAGGCAGUGUCCUGGAGAGGGUUUUCAGCGGAAGGACUGUAAUUGUUACUGCCCCGGCACCCCAGUCGUCUUGUGUAAGGAACAGACAGUCAGCACCACACCAGAUAUUUGUCCAAUGGCCGAUCCCUGCUCAUCAUCGGUGUCCAGGGCAUCUUUCUUACUUAUAGGCGUGCUUAUGAUCUUUGCUUGAAUGAAAAUAUGAAGUUAGGGUGAUGUUAAUAUGAAGUUAGGGUGAUGUUAAUAUGAAGUUAGAGUGCUGUUAAUAUGAAGUUUGGGUGCUGUUGACCGCAAUGCCUCACAUCCACAUGAAGAUUGCGGUUCAAAUUAUGUAGAUGAAUGUGUGCGAGUGUUUACGUUAGGAACGACUAAGUGUGCGUGUGUACUGUGUGUAUGCUGUGUGUGCAUAAGCGUACGGGCUCCCAUUGUUUUGUAUGUGGGGGCAGGUUGGUUUUUGCCCGAAUUAAACGAAAAGACCAGAAUCUGAACAACAACAAUUAUACAUAUUAGCAGUACUGCCAAACAGCUAUAUACGCAUUUUACACGGUGUACAACUAAUUAUUAAAGAUAGAAUGAUGGAAUUGCAUAGUGAAAAGGCUUCAGGUAAGCUAAUUUUUCCCAGAUAUCUCUAUAUUGUUUGCCCAAAUUUGAAGAUUAAUACCAGCCCUGGGGUGAUAUAUAUAUAUAUAUAUAUAUAUAUAUAUACAGUCAAAACUGUAUAUAACGGCCACCCAUGGGACCUGACAAAAGUGGCCGUUAUAGACAGGUGGCCCUUAUAUAGAGGUUCAAAAUUAGAACCCAUAUAUUAAAACAUACCACAACUGUCAUAAAGAAAGAAGACAUACACGUGUUAUAAAUAAGAUUUUUUUAUUACAUGAGACUGUCCAUGUCAGAAAAUAUUUUGUUUAAUUGGAGGUUAUUACCCAUGUGGCAUGUUUAAAACUCAUUUGUUUGUUUCAUGUCACCGCUAAUCCUUCAGUGGAGUAUGACCGUUGAUUACAGCUGAAUAAGAUGUCAUUAAAUAAUCCUAACACAGGGCAUCUUUAAUGAUUGCCGCCUUCAGCAGUUCAUGUUUGUUUACCAAUCAUGUCUGGCUCCAAACAAUCAGACACCUCAUUUGUUUAGUUUCUCUAGACUCAAUAGAGUGACCAUACAUACAGAUUACAUUAUGUACAGCCAAUGGGAAGUCGGUCUACUGUUCAGUGAGGAUGCUGAGAACCAAUCGAAUUACACCACCAGUAACUGCGUGUCACAGAAGUUACUGAGUGUCCGUUUGUUUUUCAAUUACGAUCAGAGAAUUACAAUGGAACU